AUGCCGCCAAAAACUCAGCAGAAGACCAAGGAGCAAAAGAUGGCUGCCGCCAUGGCAGGUGGUAAGGGCAAAGGCAAAAAGAAAUGGUCCAAGGGAAAGGUUCGCGAGAAAGUCGCCAACAAGGUGUUGUACGACCAGGAGACAUACGAGCGUUUGUUGGUUGAGGUCCCGAAGAUGAAGCUAAUCACUGCGUCAGCUAUCGUGGAGCGCCUUAAAGUGAAUGCUGCACUUGCCCGCGCUUCGAUCCACGAGCUAGAAGAGAAUGGAAGCAUUACCAAGGUACUUGGUCACCACGCACAGCUGAUUUAUACUCGUGCUGUUGCCGUUGAAGAGUAG